GACCGGAGCUUCCCCAUCUCGUUCAACCUCAUGUUCAAGUGCACCAACGGCUCCCAGGGGGGACAUACUGGCUACCUGUGUCCCGAGACGACCCAGGGCAUCUUCCUCAUCUUCCGCUGUCUGCUCGAGUAUAAUAUCAGCAAGGUGCCCUUCGGCUGCGCGCAGAUCUACAGUGCCUUCCGUAGC